UGAAGAGCCUAAGUUUGAUGAUACAAAAAAGAAAGCUGCUGGAUCACUUACCAGUAUGCUGUUCUGGAGCCAAGACCAAGUAACAUUCCUAUCUGAUGAUCACCCUAGAACUGUAGUGUGUGGUCAGUUCGGCUGUGGGAAAACGCUAAUGGUGCUCGAGAAAUUGAGAAGAUGCUUAAGAAGAGUUGAGAAGAAGAAUGAGGAAAUGUGCGAGGAUAAUGAGGAGGUCUCUGUUGAGAAUUCAAGGGCACUUUUCAUAUCAUGCCUGAGCCCAAGCCUUAAGUACAGUCGCGAUGAAUCGGGCAAAUACAUUGAACCGAUUUUUGAUACAUCAAUUAGAGUUGCCCUUGAUGAGAUGGCCCAGACGGAGGGUUGUGAGAUUCAUUUCGAGAACGCUGAAUCUGUUUGUGAGAAGAUGAAUGUUCGUCUCUCACGGAGCAAUUUCUAUUCCAAGCUUCCAGAGUUUAUAGCUAAAGAGAUGGAGAAAAAGUAUGGAAUCAUAGUGAUUGAUGAAUACGGAGAUCAAGCUCCUACUAAACAAGAAUUGAAAGAUGGUAAAUGGUAUAAAUAUUUGGAUCCGGAGAACCAACGUUUAUUAAACCUGGAUUAUCUCUCUGCGCUACCAUUGGAUUCCCUCGUCAUAGCUCUUCAUCCCCAACUAUUUGAAGUGAACACUUCUAGGCCUAUUGACGGAUUGUUCAAGGAGAAUUCAUUUCAAGUUUGUUCUUUAAACACCCUUUACAGAAACUGUGCAAGCAUAGUGAACUACUAUAAAGAUAUUGGAUUCACUGAUCUUGACUCAUGUAUACCGGUCACAGUAGAGGGUAUUCCUCCUAUUCUUAUACCAGGACAAUUUGAUCAGAAUAUUGUAUAUCAGACAGCUCUUAAGAAGAUAACUAACAAUAAAUUUGAGAACUUAACUAACAACAAGUUUGUUUGUAUUUAUGAAGAGAAAUUCAAGCGUGAGAUUUUCCUUCAGGAAUUAAGUAAGAAAAAUGUUGAUUUGUUUGAGAUUAAAAAUCUGAAUGAAUUUCUUGCUGCUGAGCGAGGUUGUUUGUUAGUUCAGUAUCAACACAUUAGAGGCACAGAAUCAACCUCAGUUCUCUUCUUUGCUGAUGAUGUAUACAAUGCUAGUGUUCGUUCCCUUAGAGCUAGUGUUGAGCUGGUUGUCUGCGUACCAGAGGACAGUGUAGAGGUGGUGGACCGUGGACCAGGAGUUCGUAGAAUAUAUGGACUCAGAGGAUCUCCUGCUCCCUUCAGAACUCUGAGGGAUAUUCUAAGUAAAGAAAAUAUAAAGAAAACUGUAUGUUGUUUUGAUGAAACAUUCACCAGUUCUUAUCUGGAAAUGUUUAAGCAAGAAUUUCAACAGCUAUCUCUCCAAGAGUAUCCUAAAUCUGCUGAUGAGCUGGAUGAACAGUUGAAGGGGUUGAAGGAGGGUAUCAUCAUGUAUACUCAGACAAAUAAUAGGCAGCGUAACAAACUGUUUUCUUUGAUAGACAAGACAACAACAAUGUUUAUCUAUGUAUGGUGUUCUCGCUACGCUGUACACAUACAGUUACAUCAUGAACCAAGGCCUGCAAUCAAACAAACACGGUACAGGCAUUAUUCUCUAGAUUAGAGAGGGUUAAACAGUUUGGCAAUUUUAAACUUAUAAAACCCUUUAAUGGAACUUUGUGCAUUGAAUAAGUCUGAAACUAUUUUGAAUUGUUUUUUAUUCAAAAUGUAUUUAGAAUUGAUUCCAUAUAUAUUUAUAAUGAUUUCACGUGAAAAAAUUAUCCUAUUAAAAUUAAAUGAACUGCUAAAUUAUAUCAAGAUUAUUUGUAAAUACGGAGAAUUAUAAAGAUGGUUGAUUUUCCGGUAUUUUAACAGAGCAGUUUCCCGCAUUUCUGGCUAAAAUCAAAUUGGAAGAGUU